GAACUCGGGAGGCAAACGCGAGCCUGGACUUGUGGAGCCUGUAGAAAGGGAGACUUCUUUUUCAUUCACAGUUUACAAACAAGUUCAUCUGCCAUGCUCUUGUUUGCAGAAUAACACCAAAGAUGCCUUUCUACCUCCGGAAACUGCCCCUGGAGAUCCCUCCACCCACAGAAAAGGAGUGGAUUAAAAAAGAUGAAGGAGAGGCUUUCUUCCUGAAAGAUCCAGACCAAAUAAUCGAUUAUUUGCCUCAGCCUUUCCAGAUGGUCAACAAACUGGUGACUGUGUUGUUUGAACGGGCCUGGGAAAUUAUCGAGGGCAGGGAGCAGGGCCAUGUGAUGAAGAAACAGCAUCCUCCACCCACUCGGUACUGGCCUUCGGCAGAGUUCCAGAAGGACGGGGUGCGGGACCAAUGCAGGAAGCAAGGUCUGUGCCUGAAAUGCAGCUUGGCGGUCCACUUUGCAGCCUCCUGCCCGGGAGUGGGAACCCAGGGAGCAGUGAAGAAGGCCCUGGAAAAGCGGUGGGUAGACACCCCAACGAAGAAGACCCCGAUCAAACCAAAGAACCAAAAAACCCUUCAAGCCAGCGUUCCAGAGGAGAACCCGGAUUUGUCCAGCGAGGAAGAGGAUCAGCCACACGUCUACUUGCUAAAGCUCCUGCAACAUGUCUUCCAGCUCCAUACUUUACCAUGGAAGAUAAUCUCCAACCGCGGCUCGCAAUUUGUUUCCAAGUUCUGGGGGGAGCUGCUGAAACUUUUGGGGGUUGAGCGCGGGCUCAGUAGCACUUACCAUCCCGAGACCGAUGGUCAAAUGGAACGGGUGGUAGGAAGGGCAAACUGCCUGGCAGCUUCCCGGGAAUACAUCUUCAUUGGACUCUCUACAGGACUUUCUGUCUUCAGCAUAGCCACCUGUGAGAAGAUUGGUGCCUGGGAGACGGCUAGGCUUGAAAUUUGUACUCUCCAUGCCUCAGAUCUGGACAAUAAUUCCCAAGUCCUUGGCACAGUGGAUGAGAUGGGUUUUGCCCAUCUCUUGUAUUUUUCCAAGGAGAACCUCCUGCAUGUGAAAGCCAUAAAUGAAGUGGAAGACAUCAGCAAGCGAAACACAUGUGUUCGACUGGAGCUCUCUCACAGGGGUGAUUACGCAGGUUUCCUACUGCAAGGCAACUUAGAGGCUUGGCUGGAGAUCUAUCGCUUGCCCAAGGAUUCCUGGCAGAAGGAGGCAGAGCAUGUCCAAACAAGUGCCCUCACAGCUCCAGUUCUGAAUUCAGUUCCAGCAUCUUUCAGGGACAGAAAGCUCAGCACAGCAACUGUGGUGCAAAAUAUACAUGUCCAUGCUAUGUUUCAUUUUCACGGUCCUGGCCGCACCUUGCCCUUUGGAAUGGAAAACAAAAGUGAGCCAGACACUCCUGUGGCACUCAGCCUUCACUGGAGUGCAAGCCACAAUCUUUGCUUCUACCUGCUUAGUCGUCCUCCAAAGGAGAAAGCAGACUCUGAUCCAAAACCUGACAUCAUUUGGCCAUGUGCUGCUCCAAUUGCAUUGUCAUCUGUCACCCCUUGCUCUUCUCACCUGGCGUUUGUUUGUGAAGAUGGGACCAUUACUGUUUGGGACAAAUCUCUAGGGUUCCCCUUGUUUGUGACCAUGCUUCCAGACAAAUAUGUUGUCCGCAGUAUCCAGUUUAUGCCAUGUUGCCUAUUGCCCAGGAAUAAGGCUCUUUCUUCCAGCAAGUAUCCUGCUUGUACCAAAGUGCAGCUUCUGGUGUUGUGUGCAGAUGGGUCUCUUCACCUGAUGACCUCAAGGGCCAAGGAGUUCAGCACCAAGAUACUGGUAUACAAACCGGAGGAUCCGAGGCAGGCCAUCAGUGCCACAGCAACUGUUCCAUCCUUAACCAACGCAGUGCUGACUUGCUCCUGGGGUGGCACAGUCAGUCUGAUGGACACUGCAACAGAAGCGACUGUGUGCUACUUCAUCACCCCACCUCCUUACAGAGUAACAACGCCCUGGCAUCCUGUUUUUGCCGUGGAUACUGAUGGCAGAUAUUUGUUUCUCCAAGGGUAUGAGCAAUCUGGAAGCAUGAAAGCGGAAACUGGAAGUAACCGAAGCACCAUCUUUCUGUUUGACAUCCCAUCUCGUUCAGAGACUUCCUUGCAGGAUGAUGAGUAUCCACCUGACUCUUUAGAGAACAUGCCUUGGGACAGGCGAUGUGAUGUUUUCCUAAACAACAGCAUGCAGCAGCCAUCAGCAAUUAGCCAGCAGAUGCCUGAGUGUUGGAGCCAGCUGCAGAUGUACGUGGCCACCUUGCAAGGGGAGGCCCAGGAGAAGUGACGGUGCCGUGGGAGAAGCUUCGAUCUCCCCCUCAGGCGUCACUUGUUGGAGUCUUGAGUGUAUUGUUUGUGAGGGCUGGUAACCUUGAAGAGGCUGGUUGCAGUUUUGCAGGCAAAAUGCUACAAUCCCCUGCAGCCCACCGGAGAGCAGCCAAGUGCUGUAGCCAACCUGGCAGCUGCCUCUGAAGCCCACAGUGCUUUCUCUGAAAUGUCUACAGUCCAAAGCACAAGGAACCACCAGCGGAUUUCAGUUUUCUGUUGAACUGGGCAUGCUCCUGAUAAAGUAUCCUAAGGGUUCAUAAAGUAUCACGCCAACCCUUCUCGCCAGUCCUGGUCUCCACAAAGCAGAAGGUCCUGAGGAUGUCAGAUACAUCCAAACAGGUUACUGUAUUAAGACCCCUGGACCAACAAUCUUUGACGAAGGCCACACUAGAGCCUAUAAUCAUGAUGGGGCUGUCAACUAAAUCA